GAAUAACCUGUUGACUUUUCUACUACCCAAAGGCAGAGCUGUUGACCUCCCCUCCCCAGAUGCCCGUCGGCUCCCAACGGAAGCCCCCGCCGCUGCACCACCGUCGCGCCAUGCCCCCCGCCCCCUUCUCCUUCUCCGCCCCCAGCGCCGAAUCGCCCUCUCCACUCUACCCCCGCCGCCCGGUCAUCGCCGCCGCCGCCGCGCUUGCCGCGCUCCUCCCCCUCGCCGCCGCCUGCGCCCCCUGGCGCGCCGACUCCCCACCAACCGCCCUCUUAAGCCGGCCAGUGGCAGCCACCAGGUUCUACUCCUUCGACCUGGUCCGCGAGUACCCCCACGACCCUGACGCAUUCACCCAGGGUCUCUUGUACGGAGAAAAUGACAUUCUUUUUGAGUCGACUGGCCUUUACCAUAGGUCUUCAGUCCGGAAGGUUGAGCUUCAAACGGGAAAAGUUUUGGCUCAGCACCAAAUGGACGGAGAUAUGUUUGGAGAAGGUCUAACCCUUCUCGGCAACAGAUUGUUUCAAGUUACUUGGUUGAAGAAUGACGGAUUUAUAUACGAUCGGCAUAACUUCAGCAAACGUGAGAGCUUUACCCAUAAAAUGCGUGAUGGUUGGGGUCUGGCAACUGAUGGAAAAGUUCUUUUUGGCAGUGAUGGUACUUCAAAGUUGUAUCAACUGGAUCCAAAAUCACUUGAAGUCACGAAAAUGGUGACUGUCAAAUAUCAUGAUAAUGAAGUUCCCUAUCUUAAUGAGCUGGAAUAUAUUGAUGGUGAAGUGUGGGCAAAUGUCUGGCAGACAGAUUGCAUAGCUAGAGUCUCACCUGAGGAUGGCCUAGUGGGGGGCUGGAUCUUUCUUCAUGAGCUGAGGCAGCACUUGUGGAAUUCUGGCAAUACGGCUAUUGAUGUCCUAAAUGGAAUAGCAUGGGAUGCAGAAAAUCACAGAUUAUUCGUGACAGGAAAAUUGUGGCCAAAGCUUUAUGAGAUCAAGCUACGGCCGGUAGAUGGUCCAGCAGAUGGAUCUGUAGAAAAGCUAUGUCCAAAAGCAAGCCUUUAUCGCUGAAAAGUGACCAGUACGACUGACACCUUGUGCUAACACCGCAAGAUGUGAAGAUUGUGGAAGAGAAAAGAGUAUACCAGAAUGUCACAUAUUUUGUGAUUCAAGGUGAUUUGCAGCUCCCCCACAGUUUUGCGUAAAAAAGAAGGGUGAUUUGCAGCUUCCCAUCGAAGGAUUUAGUUGUCUUAUCCUUGACAAAACUGCAUGUACCUAGAUAGGGAUCUGAUGGGAAUUGCUUACUGGUUUUUGCUAGAGGUUGGCUGGUAUAGUUGUGAAAUCAUAUAAAAUGUUUUUCCUGAUGUAAAAUGUUGCAACUUGUAUGGAUGAUUCUGUACUGUUGGGAACAGAGAUGCCUGUAAUAAUGUAUGCAUCAACAUGUA